CUUCUGUGAACCUUCUCUCUCUUGGCAAACAACACUUUCUCUCUCUCUCUCUAGACACUCACAUUCAUUCUUUGCUUCACCCUUUUAAGAUCACGAGAGCCCCCCAUCUCUUUCACUUUCCCUUCCAUGCCUUUCUUCAGAGUAUCUAAUCCUCCUUUCAUCUCCACUCUUCCCCCUCUCCAUUGACGCUAAUACCAAUAAACCUCUAUUACGUCUCUCUUCCAUCGAUCAUUCACUGAUUACCGUUUUGGUUCGUGUUUCUUUUGAAAAAAUGACACAUUCAGUUAAACCGGUUCUUGAAUCUGAUAACCGUCUCCGUGAUUCAUUAACCUCCGACAUCGACAAACCGGACUUCCGUGAGCUAGAUCUCGGUUCUCCGGUUUCUCCGCUUCGUACUCAGCCACGUGGACUCACCACAACCACAACCACUACAAGUAGCAGCAGUUCUAACUCUUCCGGAUCUGUAACCGGUCGUAUUCGACAUGCUCCGGUUACCGGAAGAUCCGGUAGUAGUCAAUCCGGGUCAAGUAGCGGGAAUCCAAGAACGAGAUCCGACUCAGUUACUUCAAACUCACAACCACUCUCCUCCUCCUCCUCUGCUACUUCUCCUUCCACGGCGGCGAAUGUACUUCCCACCGGAAACAUUUGUCCCUCCGGCAAGAUCCAAAUCACCGGAAUGACGCAAAGCCGCUCCAGAAGCGACGUUCUCGGAUCCGGCACCGGGACGUACGGCCACGGUAGCAUAAUGCGAGGCGGAGGAAGCAGCGUCUCUCCGGCGAAACCAAUCCCUCCCCGACAAGUUCUGACUUCCCCGGUUACUGUCGGUGGCUACAGCAGAAGUAGUCCGGUUACAGCAACAGAGAAAGCGAUCUUAGGUUCGGAUCCUGAGGAGGUCAAGAGAGUAGGCAACGACAUGUACAGAAAAGGUCUGUUCAGUGAGGCUUUGAAGCUAUAUGACAGAGCAAUAGCUUUAUCACCGACAAACGCUGCUUACCGGAGCAACCGUGCUGCUGCGUUGACGGGUCUUGCUCGAGUCGGUGAAGCUGUGAAGGAGUGUGAAGAAGCUCUGAGAUUGGAUCCAAACUAUGGAAGAGCUCAUCACCGUCUGGCCUUAUUGCUUAUUAGAUUAGGACAGGUUGAUAUUGCAAGGAAGCAUCUUUGUUAUCUUGGGAAACCAUCAGAUCCUAUGGAGUUGCAGAAGCUUGAAGCAGUGGAGAAACAUAUGAGCAAAUGCGCAGAUGCGAGGAAGCUUGGUGAUUGGAAAGCUUCUUUGAUGGAAGUAGAUGCAGCUAUUGUCGCUGGAGCUGACUUUUCUCCUCAUCUAGGUAUGUGUAAAGUAGAAGCACUCUUGAAACUUCACCGGCUUGAUGAUGCACAAUCAAAGCUAUUAGAAGUUCCCAGAGUAGAGCCGUUUCCAUCAUCUUGUUCGCAGACUCGGUUCUCUGGCAUGGCUUGUGAAGCUUAUAGGUACUUUGUCAAAGCUCAAAUCGAGAUGGCUUUAGGAAGGUUUGACAACGCGGUGAUGGCUGCUGAGAAAGCUAGCAAAAUCGACCCACGAAGCAAUGAAGUUGCUAUGUUACACAAUACUGUUACAUUGGUUGCUAGGGCUCGUGUUCGUGGUAACGAUCUUUAUAAAUCAGAGAGAUACACGGAAGCUAGCUCAGCUUAUGCAGAAGGCCUUAGGCUUGAUCCUUGCAACGCUAUUUUGUAUUGCAACCGAGCUGCUUGUUGGUUUAAGCUUGGGAUGUGGGAACGUUCGGUUGAAGAUUGUAACCAAGCGCUGCGUUUCCAACCACAUUACACAAAGCCUCUUCUGAGGAGAGCUGCUUCAAACAACAAGAUGGAGAGAUGGGCAGCUGCAGUGACUGAUUAUGAAGCCUUGAUAAGGGAACUACCUCAUGACAAGGAAGUUGCUGAAUCUUUAUUUCAUGCUCAAGUUGCAUUGAAGAAAUCUAGAGGAGAAGAAGUAUUGAAUAUGGAGUUUGGUGGUGAAGUUGAGGAAGUUUAUAGUCGUGAACAGUUUAAAGCCGCCAUGAAUCUACCAGGAGUUUCUGUUAUUCAUUUCUCAACGGCCUCUGAUCAUCAAUGCAAGCAGAUAUCUCCAUAUAUGGACUCGCUAUGUACUCGUUAUCCCUCUAUACACUUCCUCAAGGUGGACAUAGAUAAAUGUCCUUUGAUAGGUAAUGCAGAGAACGUGAGGGUUGUACCAACAGUGAAGAUAUACAAGAACGGUACUCGAGUAAAGGAGAUUGUCUGUCCAAGCAAAGAUGUAUUGGAGUACUCAGUGAGGCACUAUAGCGGUUAAAAAUUCACUCUUCUAGGACUCCACAUUACCGUUAAGAAACUUCUCAAUAAUCCUACUUAACUUCUUAAGAUGCUUCAUUACCAAGGAACCCCAUUAGUGUAGAGUGUCAGCUCUUUAUUAUGAUUUGUUCAUUCAUUCCCCCUCUUUCAUUGCCCUAUGAUCUGUCUCUGUCUCUGUUCUUCUUCUCUUUUUUCCAUUCAUUUUUCUCUGCAGAUUGAGAUUUGCAUUGGCUCCUUCUUCUAGCUUCACUUGUUUAGGUAUUGAGAGAUGUUACUGGUUGGAGAUUACUCUGUGUACAUAGGAGAAGUUUGUAUGUGAUUGAAGAAGGGGCUUACUGAAAAGGGCAAAAGAGGAUGAUUUGGAUUCUUCAUUUUCAGUUCUUUGUUACUUAUAGAGCUUUAGUGAGACCAAGAAGAAAGUGGAACCAUCUUGUCAUUUUUAUUCUCCCUUUUUUUACAACAUUUUUAUUAAUAAAAAUAUAUAGUUUUAUUCAUUUUCCGUAAUGCAUUUUCUUUUCGUACAUUUGGCUCAAAUUUAUUAAUGACUCUAUCUAAAAAUAGGGGAACAGGUGAGUUUACUACUAUUGUGAAAUAUAUUUA